AUGGAGCCCCGCGGGUCUAAGUUCCUGGACCCGUCCUCCGCAAUGGCGGCCAUCACCAAGCACAAGGCAGAGGCAAUCAAGCUCGCACGAGAGCAGGGGGUGGCUGUCCAAGAGAUGUGCCGUCGAGCGAAAACUGAGGUUCCGCCCUAUGAGUUUGAAGAGUUGAUCGGCAAGGGGGCCUACGGCCGGGUCUAUAAGGGUCACCAGACACCCUCUGGUCGGCUUGUAGCUAUCAAGGUCCUGGAUAUCGACUCACUAGACUACAAGUCAUUGCGAGAUUUCAGAGAUGAGUCGAUCAAAGACUUUAUUCAUGAAACCAAAGUUAUGAAGCAAGUGAAGGAUUCCGGGGCCAAAAAUAUCAAUGAGCUUAUUGAAGCGAUCUCAAUUCACUCUCAGUUAUGGCUCGUUUGUGAGUACUGCCCAGGAGGUAGUGUCCGUACCUUGAUGCGGGCAACAAAUGACAGACUCGACGAAAAGUUUAUCAUUCCAAUUGCUCGCGAGCUAGCAGUUGGUCUUCGUGCCAUUCAUGAGGCCGGAAUCAUUCACCGCGAUGUCAAAGCGGCAAAUAUCCUUGUACACGAAGAAGGCCGUCUGGAAAUUUGUGAUUUUGGGGUCGCUGGAGUUCUUCAAUCGCAGCGGGACAAGCGAUCGACGUGGAUCGGGACACCACACUGGAUGCCACCUGAGAUGUUUGCCACUCGCGCAGAAGCCCAUCGUUACGGGAGUGAGAUUGAUGUGUGGGCAUAUGGGUGCACGCUUUUCGAAUUUGCAAACGGAAACCCACCAAAUGCCGGUCUGCGAGAGCGAAUGCAAAUCGGACGUCAGCUGAAUCGAAAAACACCCCAACUCGACAGCGACAAUUACAGUCAAGGACUGAAGGAUCUCAUUGCUUUCGCCUUGGAUUCUAAUCCGGCCACUCGCCCCACAAUGGAAGACAUACUCGCCCAUCCCUACAUCGCCGAUACCGAGGAGGAGUAUCCCACCUCAUCUGUGAGUGAACUGGUGAGGAACUAUUACCAGUGGUCGCAGCGAGGUGGCCAGCGCAUUUCCCUAUUUCACCCAGGUGGAGCUGCCGCAGCGGAACUCCCGGGCGAAGGCCUUGAGGACUCGGACGAAGACUGGAAUUUCAGUACGACAGACGGAUUUGAACGGAGAUUCUCUGUCAUUGACCUGGAUCAAAUUGCUGCCUCAUUAGCUGAGAUGCAACAAUCAGUCAGCCCCACCAGUCAGUCGCCUGAACCGGAUCUGUACGAUGAGUUUUCGGAGAGUGAACUCAACUAUGAAGACAAGGCAAACUUCGAUGAACGUGUGCGCCGAGGAGCUGUGGCAAUGGAACCCUUGUUUGAUACAGAACAGCCAAGCUACACAUAUGAAACGAAGAAUGACUUUGUUCCCAUUGAGCCUGCGCAGCCCACGUCAGAUUUGCCUCUCCGAGCUGACACAGAUCGAUCUUCUGUCACAUCUACAUUCCUCGACAUUGAUAUCGGGUCCUUUGAGGCUUCACACUACGCGGCAGGGGCUCCAUCUGCACAACCCUUCCAGUUGGUCGAUGCAAACACCAUCCGCGCAAAUCGCUUGAGUAUUCGACCAUACAGAAAUUCCAACGAGAACGGUUCAAAGUCCGAUGGCAGUGUUGAUGGCGAUAUGAGUAAUGAUACGAACCUCGAUGAUACAUUUGUGCCGUCCGGUCCACGACCUCCAACUAUGGACUGGAAGUUCCCGACAUUCACCCAUCCUGAAGACGGGCAGCCGGAGGAAGAAAAGGAAGAACCCCAAGAGGAACCCAAAGAGGAAGAGUCUCUUCAGGCUGAGAAGCGCGCGACCAUGCAGUGGACAUUCCCAGUCAUGGGAUCCGUGCCCGAAAGUCAAGCCUACGAAGAUCGACAUGACACUCUCCGGGCCCCGCUCCCUGAGGCUCUACCUUCGCCACAAGCGCAAGUCAAAGAUAAACCUAGCGAAACCCGUCCUUCUACUUCAGCAUCAAAUGUCUCCGAUUCCGACUAUGAUCCCUUCCGUUUCGAUCGCCCUGACACCCCACCGGGCGCUUCCUCCAUCCAACACAGCCACUUCUUCGACACAAGACUUCCCGCAAUGAUGGCGUCUGUCGGUGUCAACGAAUAUGAGGCUUCGGGCCUUCUCGAUGGCCCCGGGCCCGACGAAGAGUCCCACCCUGUGUGGAGAGCCCACUCAGAGGUAUUUGCCGCCAACCCUUUGGCACCUAUACCAACGGCUGUUCAAAUCCCUGAAAUCCACACUGCUUCCUCCGUGACCUCGGGCCCAGUCUCAGAGCCGGGAUCCCCUGUAUUCGAAACAAUACGACAUGCCCGCCACGAAAGUUUCUCUGAUCCCAUGACACCACAUAUGCGAAAUGAAAGUUAUUCUGAUACCCACUUGAUGCCAGCCGAUGAUGAAAGCCCCAUUCCCUUCCCGACAGUAUUUGCCCCCAGAUCUGCGAGUCUCAUGGAAGGUGCAGACGAUGGCUUGGUGACAGCAGAGCUUGAUCGAUUACUGGGUGAUUUCCUCGGGUCUCUUUCAGCGACUGGCGAGGCUCUGUCGAGGGCUGCUUUCUGUCAGGGCACAAACGGUGUCCAUGACAAAUUUGUUGAGAAGGUCUAA